AUGUCUGACAACAACUCCUCCACCCUUGGCUCUUAUGUCAACCAGGCGACUGGCAUGGCCCAGCGUGCCUUCGGGGCCGUGACUGGCGAUUCAUCUGCCCAGGUAUGUAUCGGUGGCCGGACACCCACGACACCCACCCAAUUCAACAAGUCGAAGCAGCGAACUAACACUCUCUCCCCCCGUCAGAACAAGGGCGAGCUCUCCCAGGAGCAGGCCCAGGCUCAGCACGAGAAUUCCCACACCACUGCCAAACUGGGCAACACCACUGCCGACCCCAACACUGGCGCCAUCGCCAAGGAUGAUCCCAACCGCUCGACCGGCUCGUGGGACCAGACCCUCGGCUCCGCCAAGGAGGCCAUCGGUAACGCAAUCGGCAACGAGAACCUCCGACAGGCUGGUGUCCAGCAGAACGCAGCCGGCAAGGAGCAGGAGGCAAAGGGCCAGCUGAAGGACUGGGGUGAGGGCAUUCAAAACCGGGCCCAGGGUCACUUGGGUGCCGUCGGGGCCGCGAUCACCGGUGACCGUGAGGAGCAGAAGAAGUAUGAGGAUAUUCACGACGAAGGCAAAGUGCGCCAGCGUGGUGCAGAGGCGGACAUGGCCAAGCGCCAGGGCCAGGAUCUUUAA